CUCAGCAGACUUUACCGAGAGCUUCACUAAGCCCAGCUUGGACCUCUAGAAGCCAACACAAAGCGAGAGGGAAUACUUCAAGACAGCCUUUCACUACUUUUCUACUUCUGGGACCUGGCUUGGCAAGAAAUUUAUCCAAGAUGAUGAUGAUUUUUGCCGUUGUUACCUUUUUGGGGAGCAUCAACUUGGUGUUGUCCUCUUGCCCGUCCAUGUGCGAGUGCCCCAUGGAGAUGCCCAAAUGCACGCCCGGUGUCAGUGUCGUCCUUGACGGCUGCGGCUGUUGCAAAGUCUGCGCCAGGCAGCUCAACGAGGACUGCAGCCUGACCGAGCCCUGCGACCACACCAAGGGGCUGGAGUGUAACUUCGGGGCAAGCUUUGCUGCUGCUACAACUCGUGGCAUCUGCCGAGCCAAGUCAGAGGGCAGACCUUGCGAGUACAACAGUAGGAUCUACCAGAACGCAGAGAGCUUCCAGCCCAACUGUAAACACCAGUGCACAUGCAUCGACGGGGCAGUGGGAUGUGUCCCGCUGUGUCCUCAGGAGCUCUCCUUGCCCAACCUGGGCUGCGCCAACCCAAGACUGGUCAAGGUAGCGGGCCAGUGCUGUGAAGAGUGGGUGUGCGACGACGGCAAGGAGACAGACAUCCUGGAGAAAAUCUUUGGCAAAGACAAAAUGACAGACGAGCUGGAAAAAGACCUGACCAACAGGAACGAGCUGAUCGCAAUUGUAAAGGGAGGACUGAAGUCGCUAGCUGCCUUCAGGCCGCAAGCUGAGAUCCACAUGUUUGACAGCCACAAGUGCAUCAUCCAAACCACGCCCUGGUCUCAGUGCUCCAAGAGCUGUGGAACAGGCAUCUCCACCAGAGUCACCAACAACAACAGCGAGUGCAAGCUGGUCAAGGAGACACGAAUCUGUGAAGUGCGACCAUGCACCCAGUCACUGUACUCCAAUCUUAAGAAAGGAAAGAAAUGCAGUAGAACCAAAAAGUCCAGCCAGCCAGUGAAGUUCACCUACGCCGGCUGCUCCAGCCUGAAGAAGUACAGACCCAAGUACUGCGGCACCUGCGUGGACGGUCGCUGCUGCGGUCCCCACGACACCAGAACCAUCAGUGUCAAGUUCCGCUGCGAGGACGGCGAGACCUUCAACAAGAACAUCAUGAUGAUCGAGUCCUGCAAGUGCACCUACAACUGUCCCCACGCCAACGAAGCCUCCUACCCCUUCUACCGCCUCUCCAACGAUAUCCACAAGUUCAGAGACUGAUUGGCGAAGACCCCCAGAGCAAGAGAGGUGGCGGUCCAGAGGAACGCAGGGGUGUAAAUAGGCCACCAAAACAACUACCAGCUCCUUGUUGUAACUAGAUUCCCAAGGAAUUGUGGGCUUACAUCAGGAGGACUUUAUGAAGUGCACUGUUUGCUGUGACUACAUCAGCACUCUUUACUAAGAAUUGCUUCAUAUUAAGGGAGCGUCUAAGCUGGCUUCGUUACGGAGCACAAUGUAAUUAAUAUUUGUACAUUUACGUUAGCGGCUGAUAUCAAUUCACUGUGUAUAUUUUGAUCCUCGACAUCAGACACGACCCCCGACUGUAGACGAUAUGCGCGUGCAUAUGUGUACUCAACAUCAAUUAGCGCACCAACCCACCUCACAGCUUGUUUAACAAGUGUGCGGUUGCAUGACUUCCUGACAUGGGCAUUAUCGUUCAUGUUUUGUGGCAGCUAGUGAACUCCCUUUCCUGAAAAAGACAAAGCAAAACAUGUCAAAGGAUGAAUGAAUGUUGUUUUUUUUAGUGUUGUUAAUAUUAUUAUUUAUCUAAGGAAAUGUAGCUACUUUAUUUGGAUAUUAAGAGUCAUACUGGAAUAAAUUGUAAAGUGAUUUAAUUUUAUAUGCUACAAAUAAAGUAUGUUUAUUUAUGAAA